AUGGAGACCUGUGAUUUUACUCCGGUUGAUGGAGUUGAGGCAAGGUCACCCCUUGCUUCCAAUCCCCUCACAGAUCCAAUUGUUCAAUCGAAUUCUAUUCUUUUUGAUCAUCCUACUGAAACGUCGUCAGAUCUAGCCAUUUCACAUCUGUCCUCUUCUCAAUCUGAUUCAACAGAUACAAUUGCUUCUGGGCCUGAGUCUCUCAUUGAUGAGUCUCCCAACACCAACUCACCUAAGAACUCUAGUUCUGUCUCUUACGAUCUUAUUUGGAUGAAUGAGGACUUCAAAGAUGACCCUAGGUUUUCCGAGGAGUCUCCUACCCCUUUUACCAUUCUCGUUGAAUCCACUCAAAAUAAAAAAAUCGGUAAAUAUAACCGCAUUGCGUUCGCGGAUUAUUUGGAGUCGAUCGUCAGUGAUCCUCUUCGCACCAUCGUCUCCAACGGUCUUAACCAGCUGCGCAUUACUUCCUCAAGCUGGUCCCUUGCUAAUUCUCUUCUGAACUCCACCCACUUGAGUAGUAGCGGUUAUAGGUCCUUUAUCCCCACAUCAUUGGUCAGUCGUAAGGCGCUGGCUCACGAUGUUGAUCUCGGUCUGUCUCCUCUUGCUAUAAGUGGAAAGCUGGAGGGGGAGGUACGAGAUAAAAUUAUUUCUAUUCGUAGGAAAAUAAAGGACCUCAACGAGGUUUCUGGUAUAGUAGAAUUUUUAUUUUCUGGUGUUACAAUUCCGGACUCUAUCCUCAUCGCCAGAGUCAUAUUCAAGCUUACGCUUAGUGUAACUCCACCUAAGCGUUGUUUCAAAUGCCAACGCUUCAGACACUUCGCAACUCAGUGCAGAGCAACCCACCCCACCUGCGAAUUUUGCUCAGAGCAUCACACUAAAAACAAUUGUCCCAAUCAUAAUAGAUCCUCCCAGUGCUCAAACUGCAUGGGCAAUCACACUGCAGCUUCAAGGGAAUGCCCUUACUUUAAGUAUGAGCUUGCUGUGAUGAGACACAGAUUGGAAUUCAAUGUGGGUUACGAGGAGGCUGAAUCCUGGCUGCUGAAUCAUGGUUUCUCUCGACCUGGUUACCAGGUAGUCUGGGAGGAGCCGAUGACUUCGGCUGCUCAUAAUCAGCCAGCUACUGAGGAUAAGACGGCGGAGAAUGCCGAAAGCAGACCUAUCUAA